CACUCCUUUUUGCGAAGUCAUCACCACCAACAACACCACCAAUUACCACAGCGUAAUACUACUGCUACCACUACUCGAUCUUCAUCCGUCGCCAGUAUAUCCUCGUUCUUUUUGGAACCGUUCUUGGACAUACACCAUCUCGACUCGCCAUCUUCUGCCUCUGGAAAGACAGCCAUCGCCAACCCGCAAUCACUUACUGAAAAUUGCAUAAUUAUUUCUGUGGUAUAAAUGGUAUGACAACACUUUAUCGUUUGCGUUAAAGAGUCGACAUUGCGAAACCUUUCGAGUCGGCACCAGACAUUACGACGACAUUAUUAGUUUGGUCAUUUCAGCGUUGGAUUACAUCGAGAACGGGUAUCACGAUCGGUGAAAAUGGAGGGAGAUGUUGGAAGGCUUCAUUACGGCUUGGGACGCCGAGUCCCAGUCGUCAGACGUCACGGCAGCAUAGGAAUGGGUUCGGCAACGUUGGGAUCUCGGGUCCCCACGUCCGUUCUCAUUGCCCGCGCUGCUAGUUCUUCCUCGGACAAGGACUGCGUCGCAAACCCGAAUCUUUGCGAAAAGCCCGUGGGCGGUUCCGAGUUGACCAUUCCUAUUGUGCUGGGUCUCUGUAUCCCGCUUGUAGCUGCUUUCAGUGUCUUCUUCUACCUCCAUCGGAGAAACAUGAAGAAGCUGGCGAUCGAGGAGGCCCAUGACCCCCAUAAAUCCCUGGAUUUCGGCUUGGGCGAAAACGUGGGCGGAGGCAGAGCUAAACGGAGAAGCUUGCUGCCCGGCAUGGGAGGCGAAAAGGAAGGCGGCGGCGCCAACGGAUCGCGAUUCAACCGCCAGCAGAUGUCCAUGGACAUGAAUCUGUCCAGCCCUUAUCUUCUGCCGCCUGAUGCCCAUGGUUCUCAGUCAUCACUCAACUCUUUGGCCCGCACUCUCAACCCGCAAGAUGAUCCUUUCCGCCCGGUAACUCAGUACACUGCCAGUGAUGCUGCCUCGGUUCGAUCCAUGCCCAGGGGAACCGACAGGGCCACUCCUUCUCCAGCUCCAUUGCGCGGACCUCCUCCUCGUCAAGGUUCUAUGCCCAGGUCUCCCGAUCCCACUCACGCCAGGCCUGGUAAUGGACCAAACGGACCGCUGUCUCCUCGUGGAGGCAGACCACCUAGAAUCUCUGUUCAAGAUCCCUCUUCAAAUGCGACAUCAGACAACGAAACAAGCGACUCGGAGAAGACUCUGACCGGCUCGCCAAGGGAGCCUCCUGCUGCCGCCCAGAAGGACGGUCUCAAGCCUCUCGCUUCUCCUACCCAGCCGGUUAGCCCCUCGGAUUCUGCUGUAUCAAAGAAGGCUUCCACGGGCCUUGGUCUCGCUAAUAUUCCCGAGCCUAUGCAGGCUUCUAUCCACGAUGCUUCUUCGCCCUCUUCUACCCCUGCCAGCACUCCUCGCGAGCCUACUCACCCUUCAUCGGCUGCUCCGACUAUCCAACAGCCUCAAGAGUACUUUGAUCUCCCCAAGAUGCCCGAAGAGCCUGCGGAUGAUGAUGACCGGAGAGGACGUAACAUGCAGAGAAAGUCUCAGCUGUACGAUAAGGAUGGUCCUGGCCUAGCUGCACCUCAACCCGGUGAGAACCGCCGCUUGUCUGUCGGUUUCCGUCCUCUACCGCCUGAUGAUAUUAUGGAGUCCGAGGAUCCCGAGUACCGCGCCAACCGUAUCAGAUCUUUCUACAAGGAGUACUUCGAGGACAAGCCUGGUGACGCGCCUCCCGUACCGGCAUUGCCCAAGAAUAUCGGUCAGAUGCAAGGAAAGGGGCCUCAGCAACCACCGCAUAUCCAGGAUUACGACGAUCUUGCCGCGCCCUAUUUCGACCCCAAGGCGAAUGCCUUCGUCAUGCCUUAUGCUCAACCCGUGGCUCGCCGUGCCAUGACUCCUCCCCCUUCAGGCCAAAGAUUCCCCGGCCCUCGCGGACCUGGUGGUCCCCGUGGACCUGGUCACGCUCAAACUGGCAGCAUGAAGGGUAUGCCCCCCGGCAUCGGUGGUCCUCCCCGCCCUGGUUCUUCCGUUUCCAACCAGAUGGGCCCUCCCAGGAGACCGGGAUCUGCCGCUUCAGGCUAUGGACGUCCUCGUGCCGGUUCAGCGUUCGCUGGUAGCAACGCCGGUAGCCGUGCGGGUAGCAGAGCUGGCGGACCCCGCAAGCCCAUGCCUCCUCCGUCAGACCUGCCUACUCUUCCCGCGGCAUCCAUGAUGAAAGAUGAGUUCUCAAUCUUCAACGCUGCGGAUUUCGCGCCACCAGAGAGUAUCAAGGAUCGUGCCCGUGGCCGGUCUCAGAGCCCGGCCGGUGAGCGCCGCCCGUAUCAGAUGAAGGUUCCCGUGCACUCGCCAUUGGCGAAUGCCUUUGAAGACCUCCCCGUUCUGCCCAGCGCUCACACUCUCCGCAAGUCAAGCACAUUCACCGGUCUUGACUUCGCUCCUCCACCCAAGAUUGGCGGCGGCCACGCCAAAACCAACAGCGACGCCGGCUCGACCCACAGCAACCGCAGUGGUGCCCUGUCAAAUGCACAGCUCAAUGCUAUUCGCAGCGGCGCGGGACGAGUUGACCAUCUACCUGAGGACGCGCAGGUCUUCACGUUAGAUGCUGUGAAGGACAAACUGAAGCCGUCGUGGAAUACGCACUAUUAAGCGGAAUGGGAUGCAAAUUUUUAAUUGAUAAUGACGAAAGCCUUUCUUCUUUAUAUAUCCAUAUUAUUGAUUCCAGCACCCCCAGUUCUCUCUCUUGGACACGUCACGCUCUCGCGAAUCAUGCGUCAACGUUUGGUCAAUUGGUUAGGUGGUUGGGUAUGAGGACAUUACGACGAAGCGAAAACAUUUAAGCGAUUUGUUGUUGUUUUGGUGUCUGACCUCUUACUUCAUCUUACCAAAAGGACGACGACAGAGAGGCAGGGAGAG